AAGAAAAGGAAGCAGAGAGAAAACAAGCCAGUUGUGCCUGUGACAGACAGACAACAAACUGACAAUAACGAGGAUUUGUUUUUCACAAGUAGUCACAAUAUCAGUUCCCCCAUCAAUCCUUGCUGUCGUCAAGGGGGCAAGAUGUCUUUGUUCGGAAAGUUGUUUGGUAGCGGUGGAAAAGGGAGUAAAGCUGCAAACCCUCAAGAGGCGAUCCAGCGACUCCGAGAAACCGAGGAGAUGUUGACGAAGAAACAGGAAUUCCUGGAGAAAAAGAUCGAACAGGAGCUUGUAACGGCAAAGAGAAACGGCACAAAGAACAAAAGAGCUGCAUUACAGGCAUUGAAGCGUAAGAAGCGCUAUGAGAAACAGUUAGCUCAGAUUGACGGCACCCUUUCUACCAUCGAGUUCCAGAGGGAGGCGCUAGAGAAUGCCCACACCAAUACAGAGGUCAUCAAGAAUAUGGGCUUUGCUGCCAAGGCCAUGAAGGCUGCCCACGACAAUAUGGACAUCGACAAAGUGGAUGAACUUAUGCAGGACAUCACAGAACAGCAGGAGCUGGCACAAGAAAUUUCAGAAGCGAUUUCAAAACCUGUCGGGUUUGGGGAGGAAUUUGACGAGGAUGAACUUCUAGCUGAACUGGAGGAAUUGGAGCAGGAAGAGUUGGAUAAGAACCUUCUGGAGAUUGGAGGCACAGAGAAUGUACCGCUGCCAAAUGUCCCCUCUACAUCUUUACCUUCCAGACCAGCAAAGAAGAAGGAAGAAGAGGAUGAGGAUGACAUGAAAGAUCUGGAGCUAUGGGCUGCCAAUUAAUGCCUACACGACACACUACACAAGGCAGAAACCACACUAAGAUACCGGUUACUAAAGGACCUGAAUGGACUGUAUGUUAAAGUAUGUGUUUAAAAUAGGUUCAUAUAAACAAGAAGAAAAACAAAACCAUAAAUGCAACCGCACCAAAACAAAAAAUCUCUGCCAGGCUUUCAACACACUCAUCCGAGCAAGACAAGAUUUUGCUUUGUUUCUCCCAUGGCCUCAUAUCGGGACUCUUACUUCAAGAAUACUGCUUGUUGUAAAGUUCAGUGUUUUUGUGUACAGCCCUACAUAACCUCUGAAAGAAGUCAUAUUUUUUCUUAAAGGUAUCCACCGUUCGCCUCUUGGUCAGAGAAACCAAAAUGCACGGAAACCCUUUUUUACCCUUUUUUGUGUUUUUGGAGAGAACAUUUGGUUUUGUUCAUUUGUUUUCAAGAUUUUCAAAUAACCUAUAGUUCAUGUGCACUUCGGUGCAUUCAAGUUCUGUUAAAACCUCUCAUUUUCUUCAGUUUAUGAUUCUGUAUGCAUUAAGCAUUUCAGAAUAUAGCGGAUGACAGAAGUGCAGGUUCCUCCCAUGUAAACUAAUCAUAACAAAUUUAAAAAGUCCCUACAGACGUUUCUAUAUCAGCACUUAGGUCUCAUGAGUACAACGUUUGGUCCCUGUUUGGGCCAUGAAGGCAUUUUGAAACACAAUAGUAUCACAAUCUUCCUUUAAACAUACUUCAAGCCUGAGUGGUUCUGAAACUGGGUUUGUAAUGUAAAUAGAAAGGUGUACUGUAUUUGAGAUAUUUCAGAAAUACUGACGUGUGACAACAUGAAUGAGCAUCUUCAAAAUUUCUGUACACUAGAAAUGAAUGUUGUAUUAGGGAAAAACUAUGACGAGGCUUGUUGUAGAAUUCAUUUCAUGUUUCUUGCAUGCAUGUAUGUGAGGGGAGAAAAAUGUAAAGGAUAUAGUGCAGAAUAAUUUAAUAUCAUGCUUUAUUUUACAGAGUUAACUAUUACAAUGUACUGGUACAGUGGUUUUAUUAAUUUGUCGCUCCUCAGAGUCUAAAACAUUUUGAGUAUUGAAUAUUCAAAGGGUAAAGCGAUUAACACAUAACUACAUUAUUUAUCAGGGUCGAAAUGUUUCAUUCACAUUGUUUAUUGUUUGUUUGUGAAAAGGGCUGUCUUUUUUGACACCCAUUUAUGUUGUCUUUCUCUGCCUUUCAACUUGUCCUUUCAUCCUUAAACUUAAAUUAAAGUUUUGCCAA